UGAGCCCACCAAAGCCCCCAGUAAGAUUCCGAGUCUCCGCCGUAGCCUGCUCACCGCGGCCACUAAAGCUCCAGCCACCCAUGUCGCCCGACAAAGCAAAGGUGUUCAAGUCACUAGAGAGCUGGGCCACCCAAUCCAUUCUCCCACUGCUAAAGCCGGUGGACCAGUCCUGGCAGCCCCAAGAUUUCUUACCGGACCCAACCAAGUCCGACGAAGAGUUCUUCGAUGAGGUCCGUGCAAUGCAAGCUCGUGCGACUGAGCUUCUAGAUGAGUACUUUGUUGUGCUGGUCGGGGAUAUGAUCACGGAGGAAGCAUUGCCUACGUACCAGACCGCGAUGAACUCCUUGGACGGCAUGAAGGAUAACACUGGGGUUAGCUCAAGCCCAUGGGCUCGAUGGUCCCGCGGUUGGACCGCCGAGGAGAAUCGCCACGGUGACUUGCUCAGUUCCAACAUGUACUUAUCCGGAAAGGUCGAUAUGGUCAUGGUGGAACGGACCAUCCAAUACUUGAUUGGAGCGGGCAUGGACGCAGGGUUCAACAGCAGUCCAUACUUGGGUCAUGUAUACGCAUCAUUUCAAGAGCGAGCGACGUUUGUGUCGCACGGCAAUACUGCCCGUUUAGCGAAAAAUAGCGGAGAUCCACUCUUGGCGCGUAUGUGCGGCACUAUUGCAGCCGAUGAAAAGCGUCACGAGAUUGCAUACGUAAAAGUGACGGAGAAGCUCUUAGAAGUUGACCCAAAUAAUGCCAUGCUUGCAAUCGAGGAAAUGAUGAGGAGGAAGAUCACAAUGCUGGCCUUCCUUAUGUAUGAUGGUUGCGACCCCAAGCUAUUCCACCACUUUUCGGCUGUGGCUCAGAGGCUCGGCGUCUAUACAGCUGAUGACUACGCCGACAUCUUGGAGUUCUUAACCAGAAGGUGGAAAUUGGAGAAGAUGGAAGGGUUGAACGCUGAGGCUCGGUGGGCGCAAGACUAUGUUUGUGGCUUUGCGACAAGGAUUAGGAAGAUGCAAGAGGGAGCGGAUGAGCGAGCUCGGAAGAUGGGGCCGCUUAGUGUCAAAUUUAGUUGGAUUUUUAACAAGGAGGUUCUUGUGUAGAAGGAAUCAUAUGAUUUUUUCUCCCUUAGUAUGUCGAACCAUGUAGAAGAAUGUUUGUUGUUGGUAGUUAUGUUACAUAAUCGUUUCUUCAAUUUAUGUGAGCUCUUAAUAUUUGUAAGCUUUUUCAUCGUUUAGUUGUGUAAUAAAUAUGG